UGUUAUAGUUUCCACUGCUUCUAUCACUUUGGGGAUAACAUGUGGCUCUUAACAGCUCUGCUCCUUUGGGUUCCAGCUGGUGAGCAAAUAACAGACCUUGCAAAGCCAGUGAUCACCUUGCAGCCUCCAUGGGUCAAUAUAUUCCCAAAGGAAAGUGUAACUUUAAGUUGUGAGGAACCCCACCUGCGCAGGGACAGCUCUACGCGGUGGUUUCUCAAUGGUACAGCCAUUCCGACCUCCACUGCUAGCUACAGCAUUACUGCUGCCAGUGUCAAUGACACUGGUGAAUACAAGUGCCAGCGAGGCGACUCGAGUCUAAGUGACCCAGUACAGCUGGAAGUUCGCAGAGAUUGGCUACUACUCCAGGUCUCUAGCAGAGUCAUCACUGAAGGGAAACCUGUGGCCUUGCGGUGUCAUGAAUGGAAUAAUAUGCAAGUGUACAAUGUGCUUUUCUACCACAAUGGCAAGACCUUAAAAUUUUAUCAUUGGAAUUCUGAAUUCACCAUUCUGAAAACCAACCUGAGUCACAAUGGCAUCUAUCACUGCUCAGGCAAGGGAAAGACUCUCUUCACAUCAGCAGGAGUAUCUAUCACUGUAAAAGAGCUAUUUCCAGCCCCAGUGCUGAGAGCAUCAUUACCCCUCCUCGAGGGGAACCCGGUCAAUCUGAGCUGUGAAACCAGGGUGCACCCACACAGCCCUCUUGUGCAGCUCUACUUCUCCUUCUAUGUGGCAAGUAAGGCCCUGAGCAACAGAACCAUGUCCUCUGACUACCACAUACCAAAUGCUAAACCAGAAGACUCCGGGUUCUACUGGUGUGAGGCUGCCACAGAAGAUGGAAAUGUCAUCAAGCACAGCCCUGUGUUGGAGCUUCGAGUGCUGGACUCCCCGCCACCAACUUCUAUUUGGUUUCAUGUUCUGUUCUAUCUGGCAAUGGGAAUAAUAUUUUUGGUGGACACUGUUUUUUAUGUGCUAAUAUAUAAGAAACUGCAAAGAAAGAAAAAGUGGAGUUUAGAAAUUCCUUUGGAAUCUGGUCUGGGAAGAAGGUAAUUUCUUAUCUUCCGUUCUCUCUAAAAUCAAUAAAAAAUAAUAAAAAAGA